UGGAGAUUAAGUAUAAAAGGUUACUGCUGGUCUCAAGACAUUGUUAGUUAGACAAAAGUUGCGAAACUAUACAGUGCGUAAAGAAAAACUCCGGAAGUCUAAAACAAUGAAGUGGUUAUCGUUGUUCUUCGUUUUCGGCUUGCUCGCUGUGAUCGGCAGCAUGGGUACAUUAGCCAACGCCAAGCCCUUUCCUGAGCCACGUGGACGUCCUCCAACCACUACACGUCGCCCACCCACUACCGACACCAAUGACGCUGGUGUGCGACGCUAGCUGCCGGAGGAAUCAGGAGACACCGAGGCAGCAGCGAGUGCAGAGUACUGGAAUAGUAAGGAGCAGUAUAAACCCAAACCCAUGAAAUGUUCAACACCGUUGCAGAAAGAUCGACGUAAAAUUGUAGUGCAAUGUUAUGGUGAAGAAAAAUUGCAAUAUGUUGAAAUUAUAUUUGUUUGAGUUGAAGGUAAACAUAAAAUUGGCAACAAGGUGUAUCAAAUUAUUUGUUUUCAUAUUUGCAAUUAAACA